GCAAGGGUGGUGUUUAGUCGGCAGCUUGAGUUGAGGCUGAGCCAAGUGCAAAAAGAAGAGAGAGUGACCGUCGGGUGACACGUGGUGAAUUCCCCCUCCUCAAUUUGGUGUGGCAAUUAUUUCGUGACAAGUGGCGAGAUUUUGUUGGGUGGUUUUGUGCGCUUUUGGGAGUUGGAAGAGGAAGAUCAUUGAUCGGAGGGAGCUUCGGAGUAAUUUUCGAACGGUGGUGUGCUUGUGUGAAUUUGAAUUUGUGACGAUUGUAUUUAUAAAACAUUUGACAAACCCAUACUAAUUAAUUAGUGUAUGUUCACAGAGUUAUUAUAAAGAUUAUUAUUAAACUUGUCCAUAUUUGUGUAAACGAUUUUAACGAGAGGUAAUUUGUUUGACGAUCGAAAGCUCUCAGUGCGAACUAGCACUAGUCGUUCGGGGGGUAGAUGAGGAAGGCGAUUGUUGUUUGUUAAUUAAUUUAUAACAUCAAAAAUUAAGAUGGUAGUGUGGAUUCUAGCAUGCGUACGAUGAAGUGCGCAAAGUGAUCUCAACCAAUCUUGCGACCUUGCGACAGUUCAAACAGUUUGGUCAGUUCUACCAACCAGCAGCAAGAAAAAAUAAAACCCGAACCGGAAGUUGGUGGAAAGUGUGAGUUAUUAAAACAACUAUCCGGAAGUUUGGUGAAAAGUAGUGCAAAAGUGUGCCUCCCCCUCAAAGAAGGAGUUAAUUCUCAUAAUUGUGAUAAAUAAUCCUCGAGCCCCUGAGGAUUUUUGUACAAAGGAGAUUUAUUAACAGGAGAGUGUUCAACCUGGUUUGGUUGCUGGUGGUUAGAAGGAAAGUGUGAUCUUCGACACCUGCUGGCUCGACAAAUGCGCUCCGUGGAUGAGAUGGCCACAUCCCACAUCCUGUCCUCGAUCGAUCCCAUCAUGACCGGCGGCUCAAACGGAACCGGUUCCGGCGGCGGUUCUUCCUCCGGAGGAUUGCUACGCACCGUUAGCGGUGGUGGCGGAGGUGGAAGUGGCCGCAGCGAUCGGAACCUUUCGAUUUCCCUGGACGAUCGAGAUUUGUGGCUGCGCUUCCAGAACCUGACCAACGAGAUGAUUGUGACGAAAAAUGGCCGGCGCAUGUUCCCGGUGGUCAAAGUGACCGCGUCCGGAUUGGAUCCCACCGCGAUGUACAACGUGAUGCUGGAGUUUUGCCAGGUGGAUUCGCACCGCUGGAAGUACGUCAACGGCGAGUGGGUCGCCGGCGGCAAAGCUGAGGCUCCCCCGCCCAACCCCAUCUACUACCACCCGGAGUCGCCCAACUUUGGCCAGCACUGGAUGAAGGAACCGAUCUCGUUCGCCAAGGUGAAGCUCACCAACAAAACCAACGGCAACGGGCAGAUCAUGCUGAACUCGCUGCACAAGUACGAGCCCCGGGUACAUUUGGUCCAUCUGGUUUCCGACCAGCGGGAUCAGCAGAAGGUGUACUCUUUUCCGUUUCCGGAGACUCAGUUCAUCGCCGUGACGGCUUAUCAAAAUGAGGAGGUCACUUCGCUGAAGAUCAAGUACAAUCCGUUUGCGAAGGCCUUUUUGGACGCGAAAGAGCGACCGGACUCGGUGUAUGCGAGGGAGAACUCGACUUACGGCUGGUUGAACUUCCACCCGUCGUACGCAACGGCACAAUCUCCACUGCCAACGGCGGAACGAUUCCAGCAUACGACGUUACGGACGAAUCGGGUGACCCCGUACAGCACCCAGCGAUCGCGCAGUACCAGUGGUAGCACUUCACCCCAACCUGCCACGGGUUACCUUCCGCUGGAAACGGUCCCGUCACCGGUGUUUUCUUCGUACUCCACAGCCUGGCAAACUCCGUCCUCGGUGGCCUCCGCCGGAGGAACCUACUGGACCAGCCAGACCACGAACCCCGGCAGUCCCAACUCGAUCGCCCCGAACAUCUCGCCGACACACUCGAACGGAUCCCCGGGCUAUGUAACGUCCUCGCCGACGUACCACCUCGGUUCGCACAGCAGCGCCAGUCAGUACACUCCGGCGGUGUCCUCGGCGACGGCGUCCGUGUCCCAGAUUGAUGUGUACCAGCCGAGCGUUUCGCCGCAGCAGAUUUACGCACCGGCAGGACAUCAGAUUUACCACCCAACUCCAACGGUGUCGCCAAACCAUCAACUCUACGGCAACGUCCUGAACGCUCCGACGAUCACCAACCUUGGCUACUCGGCCUCGUGGCACAGUGCCGGGGACUACAGUGUCUACCAGGGCGCGUAUCACUAUCCAACCGCGGAGUACAUCCCGAUGAUCGGGGACAUCAGCACCUACAACCACCCGGCGGAAAUCACCGAGCUGACCCCGGUCCCAACCUCCCACCAUCGUCACGAACCGAGUUCGUCCUCUUCGCCGGUCCCAAUCCAGUACCACCAGCAAUCUCCGGUGGAGCACACCCUGCUGACCUCCCACCACCAUCACCCUCAGCACGCCCACCCCCACCACCACCAUCACCAACACCACCAACACCAGUGUCCGGAGAAUCACUCGUCGCCGGAACCGAACCACGUGGCUGCUGGCAGCAGUGGGAACGUUUCGGAAGCGGCGGUCGCUGGAUCGCCGGCAGGAGCGGGAGCUGGCGGGAUGGCCGGCCAGAGUCCCGUGCGGAGUGCGUCAACGGGGGCGUGGACGCCGCUGACGCCGCCGCAAACGACGCACAUUUAGGAUUCAUUGGAGGUUAUGUUAUAAUAUUAUAGAUAUAAGAUUUAGUGAAUUGUAUUCAAAUGGUCCAUAAAUAGCUUAACUUAAAUUAAAUAGUUUCCAGAAUAGCUUAAGAAAUAACAAAUGCAUAAAG